AUGGGAAAGAUGCUUAAUACCUACCGUCUUUACCACGCGUUCUACGUUGCGCUUCGUGAUGCUUAUGAUGCUCGCAAGGAGGAAGAAGGGGAGAUCAAGCCUGAUGUUCCGUUGAAGGCGAACCAGGAUAUCCAUCUUACCAAGAUGCGCCGUAUGGCGAAAGAAUUGGAUGGCCAAGUCCCUUGCGAGCCCUGCAAGGAUGCUGAUGACAAGGCUGGCUGCUGCCGUGAGGAGAACUACGGGCGUUGCGACAACUUCGAUUUUUUCAACCCACUUUACGUUGAUGAAGCUGAAGCUGAAGCUGACCUAGUUACUACGACUGCUUCGGAUGAUAUUGAGGUGUAA